AACAAUGACGUUUACACACUUCCGGUUUGUGUAUUGCAAUGGAACCACGAGUCUUUGAAAUAUUAUUUUUCAGUUGACAUGGCAGAAGUUGAUUUGAGCGAUGCAGAGAAAAUUUUUAUAAAACACGGUGUACAGGACAACUGUCGAGAAGAUGGAAGGGGAUGUGAAGAUUAUAGACAUAUAGAACUUGAGACUGGACUUUUGUCCAACACAACAGGAUCAGCACGUGUGAGACUGGCAAAUACAGACAUUCUUGCUGGUGUAAAAGCUGAACUUGGAACACCUUCCCCAGACAAGCCUAACAAAGGCAGACUAGAGUUUUUUGUUGAUUGUUCAGCUAAUGCCACCCCUGUGUUUGAGGGAAGAGGGGGAGAAGAAUUAGCAGCAGAGAUAGGAAACAUUUUAACCAGAACAUAUGACUGUCCAAGUUGCUUUGAUUUGGAAGCCCUAUGCAUCAUUCCUGAGGAACAGUGCUGGAUCCUCUAUGUUGAUGUUCUUCUACUAGAGUGUGGAGGAAACUUGUUUGAUGUGGCCUCAAUAGCAGUAAAGGCAGCACUUUAUAACACAAAAAUUCCAAAGGUGACUGUCAGCAGGGACGAGGGUCUUGUGGAACUGGAGAUUUCUGACGAUCCCUAUGAUGUGCAGAGAGUUGAGGUCCAGUCAGCACCUUGUAUUGUCACAGUGUGCAAGAUUGGUCACUCUCAUGUUGUGGAUGCUAGUUUGAAAGAAGAGGCUUGUUGUUUAGCAAGACUGACGAUGGGUGUGACUGAGAGGAGCACGGUGACAGGAGUAAGGAAGGAGGGGAGUGGCAGCCUGGACCCUGCUAGCCUGGAGGACAUGAUGCAGACUGGAAAAAGAGUUGGUGAACUUCUUAAUAAAAGUUUGAUGGACUCGCUAUUAGAAGAAGAACGCCAAGGAUCAAAGAAAAAACCUGUCGGUUUUUUGAAAUAAUUGUAAAAGUGUUAGAAACUUGAUUGAGCUGCCAGUGGUACCAUUGAGAAGAAUGCCUCAUUACUAAGUCUAAAACACGUAUGUGUGGGAGAGAUAUCAUGAAUGGACAUAAAUGAAGAAAAAAUGAUGCAAGUUUGGGUCCAAAUGAGAAAAGUAAAAAAAUUAACCAAAGAAGUGAGAUUUUGACUCUUAAUAUAAUGGUUGUAGUAACUAUGUAUUGUUUGAAUGAAAUUGUAAUAAAUGGUUACAGUACAA